AUGACACAACACAGUGGUCAGGUUCGCAAAGCUGGCGAUGUCUGUGCCAUCUUUGUGCAUGCUGGAGCAGGCUAUCACUCCGUUCAAAAUGAAGCCAUACACCUUCAGGCUUGUAAUGACGCUGCCAAAGCUGCCAUGGUAAUGCUACGCAACGGAGGUACGGCUGUCGACGCUACGGAGAUCGCCAUUAAAGUACUUGAGGAUCGUGAAAUAACCAAUGCUGGUUAUGGAAGCAAUCUUACCAUGGAUGGUGUAGUCGAAUGUGACGCUGUAAUGGUCGAUCAUCUAGGACGCAGCGGAGGUGUUGGAGCAGUUUCUCAAAUCAAGAACCCGAUCUCGCUUGCUCGGGUUGUCCUUGACCACACCACCAAGCCGUUGCUCCUGAAGCGCGUCCCCCCGAACCUGCUUGUAUCCCAAGGAGCAACAGACUUUGCUUUCGAACAAGGAUUGUCGGUACUUCCUCAUGAUGCUCUUGUUUCCCCGGCUGCUAGGGAACGGUGGGUAAAAUGGAGGGCGGAUCUCAAGCACGCAGAACGCAGAGCUCGACAAGCCGCAGGCAUUCCAAUGUCUCGGGUGGCAAUCCCAGCGUUGCCUGACGUAGACCCGUACCAUGAAGAGCAAGUACGCAAGCGGAUCCGACAGGAGCAUACUCAGAGCAUGAUCGCUAGCAGUGGUAUUGUGUACGACAGCCUUUCUCAAUCAAUCUGGGCUCAUUCUCUGCCUACGUCGAAGAGCAAUACGGACACUUCCCUGGAAGAUAUGAGCUCAUCCAGGACUUCGUUGUCAAUUACUGAUGAGGCAAACGUCACGGAGCCAGCAUCUCUUGCUGAGGCAGCGCAAAAUCCGCUCAUCAACAGCACUCAAACCGUUCCUACCCUCUCGUCGUUUUACAAGGAGCAAAGUCCUGUCAAGGACGAAGGUCACGAUGCCGACGCUGAGAUGAGUGAUAUUGAUGAUGAUGGCGAUCUUGUUGUCGGCGACCCCAACGAAAGCCGUCCGCAUAAAAGGGCUGCCUGGCAUGACGGAUCGAGCGAAUCGGAAUCUUCAUCAGGAACAUUACGUCUGCCCUCGUUGACUCCUAGUCCCCCGCCAAAAGAUGCUCUGGAGAAGCCUCUCCCUAUGACCCCUGAGGGAGAAUCGAAGACAUCGACAUUGUCUCGGUCAAUGACCAACCUAGAACAUGUGAUUGAGCAUGCUCCUUUGCCUCCGGACCCUCCACGUGAGAAGCGGCAGUCUCCGCCAACAAAGGAACAGCGCCAAGACAACAUCACUGAUACCGUCGGUGCAAUUGCCAUAGACUGUUAUGGUAAUAUGGCAUGUGGAGCAUCUUCUGGUGGCAUUGGCAUGAAGUAUCGUGGCCGGAUUGGACCUGCCGCUCUUGUCGGUGUAGGAGCAGCUGUCGUGCCACACAACACCGAAGACAAGCAGGAUACCUCUGUAGCCACUGUCACCAGCGGGACAGGUGAACACAUGGCUACGACAAUGGCUGCCACUGUGUUUGCCGAGCGGCUUUACUACAAUGUCAAGAAAACCAAGCAAGGCACGCUGGAGCAUGCCAACACAGAGGAUGCCGCUAUCAGGGCCACUAUCGAGCAAGACUUUAUGGGUCAUCCCAGCGUGACUAACAGCGCCUCUGCUGGCGCCAUCGGGGUUCUGACUGUCAAGAAGAUGCGCGACGGGCUGUACCUGUACUUUGCGCACAACACGGACUCCUUCGCCAUUGGAUCCAUGCACUCAGAUGAGGACAGGCCCUCCUGUACGAUGUCACGCAGCACGGGCAACGGCGCCAUUGCACAAGGCGGGCGGGCGCUACGUUACCGGCGCACACAGCGAUGA